AUGUCUGAUUGGGUAAGGUGCUCACCAGCUGACCUGUAUUUCAAACGAAACUCUGAGAAUGAUAUGGUUGAGAGCACCAAACGAAUGCAAGAUUUAGAGCAGAAAUUCGAAAAUGUUCUUUUAAAGAGAGCUAAGUUAAUCAGAGCACACAGAUUACCGGUUUCUAUGCCUGAAAGAUUUUUUAAAAAAUAUGGAGCAAAAAAAAGUUGUACAUUGGAAAGUGAUGAAGAAGAUGAUGAAGAUAAUGACGAUGCAGAUGAUGAUAUUAAAAGUAAAGUUAAUAUUAUUGAAUGGAAAAACAAACACCCCGAAAAAUUGCAUGAUGAAUUAUGGUUCAAUCUUCCAGGAGAAAUGAAUGACGGUCCGUUAUGUCGAUGUAAAGAAAAAACAAAACUUCACGGUAUUCGACACGACAUUUAUCCUGGAGAACAGAAUAUAAAAAAGUGUCAACCUCACUCAAACAAUAAUGGAGAUCUCUACCACUACAAAAUCUCAAUGUCUCCUCACACAAAUUUUUUGACUCGCAACCCAUCAGUCAUCAAUUAUGAUAGUCACGAAUAUAUUUUUGAGGGAUUUUCUCUGUUCUCCCACUACAAAAUCUCAAAGGUGCCCACAUGUAAAGUCAUUCGAUUCAAUAUUGAAUAUACAAUUCAUUGGUUUGAAGAAGAUAUGAUUGAAAAUUUUGAUGUCAAAAGUUUAGAUCUUUUCAGUGAUUUCUUAUACGGAGAGAUAUUGGAAUUAAUUGAUUUAGAUUGGUUAAACAAAAACUAUGAAUCCUCUUGCAGAUGUUUUCAUUUAAUGCCAAGAUUCUCCAGAGAGCUCCCGGACAAUGGCAAAGAAAUUUUGUCUAUGAACGAAGUUUUGACUUUUUUGUUAAAAAGUAACAAACCUUUGGUUGAUGAUAUUCAAAUUGGAGAAAUGUUGUCUACAACCGAUCAAGAAUGGCAAGAUUUUGUCGAUGAAGUGCGAGGAAUGAUUGUCACGUAUCCUGGAAUGAGACCGUCUUCAUUGAGAGUUGAUCAAUUAGAUCGGACACAAGAAAACAACGACGUUAUUAGAUUCCCAAAAAUCAUUCAUUUUGGUUAUAGACCUGCUCAAUUAAGCUACGUAGGAGAUGUCGUUUACAGCAAGUUAUUCAAACAGUACAUGAAGUUGAAAUAUUUGGUAGCAAACAAGCCUAAAUUAUCUAUAAAAGACAGAGACAAGUUAAGGACGUUAGAAAAUCAAUUACAAGAAAUCAGAAUGAAAGGAUCUCUAAAAAGAGAGAUGACCGUUGAAAUAAGCAGCGAAGGAUUUAUGAGGACUGGCCUAAAGUCUGACAUUUGCCAGCACGCUCUUCUUAUACCCGUUUUGUUGCAACACUUGCGAUUCCACAAAUGCUUGGAUGUCUUGGAAAAAAACAUCGGUUAUUUUUUCAAAAACAGGCUAUUGUUACAAAUGGCAAUGACUCAUCCUUCAUUUAGGAUGAAUUAUGGAACUAAUCCUGAUCAUGCACGUAAUUCAUUGACAAACUGUGGCAUGAGGCAGUUAGAAUAUGGAGAUAGGCACAUUCAUUAUAUUCAUACCAGAAAAAGAGGCAUAAAAACCUUAAUGCACAUCAUGUCUAAGAUGGCUCGUUCUAAAGAAACGGACUCUGAAAUUCAUCAUUAUGAAAGACUCGAGUUCCUAGGAGACACUGUUAUUGAAUUUCUUUCAAGUAUUCACUUGUUUUUUCUUUUUCCUCGUUUGGAGGAAGGGGGACUUGCAACUUAUCGGGCUGCUCUUGUUCAAAACCAACAUCUAACUGUACUUGCGCAAAAACUUGGCCUGCAGCAUUUCUUAUUAUACGCCCAUGGCCCAGAUUUGUGCAGAGAUCUUGAUCUUAGAUACGCUUUGGCCAACUGUUUCGAAGCUCUUAUGGGAUCAUUAUAUUUAGAUGGAGGAAUCGAAGUAGCUGAUCGAAUUUUUGGGGAAGCUCUUUUUAAAGGAGAACCUAAUUUGUUACAUGUUUGGACCAACUUACCUGCACAUCCUUUACAAAUUGAUGAGCCUCUCGGUGACAGACACUGGGUAGAAAAAAGCAAGCCGCUUCAGAAAAUAGUCGAGUUUGAAAGAAUCAUUGGCUUCCGGUUUAAUCAUAUUCGAUUAUUAGCACGAGCCCUCACCAUGAGAAACAUUGGUUUCAAUAACCUUACUCUGUAA